ACUUUCGACGUUUUUUGCAAUCGUCCGAUGCUUCGCCGCCUGUCGUCGCUCCGCAGCUUCCGCGGCUUCUCGACGGCCACGGACGCGGCGACCGCGUCGCUCCAGAAGGGCCUCUCCAAGAACAGCAGCAAGCAACAGCCGCAAGCGGACGACAAGAAGAAGGAGCCUGUCGACGACGCGAAGGCCAAGCCCGUGGACGCGCAGCCGUGGAUCCAGAACGCGGCCGAGAUGAACCUCGGGUCGUUUGCGCCCAAGAUCGUCGUUGUCGGCGUCGGCGGUGCAGGCGGCAACGCAGUCAACAACAUGAUCGCGCGCGGCCUCAAGGGCGUCGACUUUCUCGUGUGCAACACGGACGCGCAGCACCUCAAGACGACGCUGACGGACAACCGCGUCCAGAUGGGCUCGGAGCUCACGGGCGGCCUUGGCUGCGGCGCCAACCCCGAGGCCGGGCGACUGGCCGCCGAGGCGAGCUUGGACGAGAUCAUGGACAAGAUUGGCCACGCCAACAUGAUGUUUGUGACGGCGGGCAUGGGCGGAGGCACCGGUACGGGUGCGGCACCAGUGAUUGCUCAAGCGGCGCUCGACUCUGGCAUCUUGACCGUCGGCGUCGUCACCAAGCCGUUCAAGUUUGAGGGCAGCCACCGCGCCAAGCUCGCCGAGCAAGGCCUCCACGAACUCAAGCAAAGCGUCGACACGAUGAUUGUGAUUCCGAACCAGAACCUCUUCAACAUGUCGACCGAGAAGACAUCGCUCAUGGACGCCUUCCGCGUCGCCGACGACGUGCUUCUCUCGGGCGUCAAGAACAUCACCGACCUCAUGGUCAUGCCGGGGCUCAUCAACCUCGAUUUCGCCGACGUCCAGUCGGUGAUGACGCGCAUGGGCAACGCCAUGAUGGGCAGCGGCGAGGCUGAGGGCGACAACCGCGCGCUCCGUGCCGCCGAAGCCGCGCUCUACAACCCGCUUCUCGGCGACCUCUCGAUCCGUGCGGCCAAGGGCAUGCUUGUCAACAUCACAGGCGGCCCGGACAUGACGCUCUUUGAGGUCGACGCCGCCGCCGAGCGCGUGACGCAGGAGGUGGAAGAUCCGCUCGCCAACAUCAUCUUUGGCUCGUCCUUCGACGCCAACAUGACGGGCAAGAUCCGCGUCUCAGUCGUCGCGACGGGUAUCGCGGACGAAGGUCGCUCCAAAUAAAUC